CACGUGAUGCAGAAAGCAGGAAGCGCAGCCACAUCAACAGCAGCACUAGAGUGAAACUGCAGAGAGCUCGACCUGAACGCCCGAACCAGGACCGAGAAUAGACCAACUAGACACCAUGUUUUGGAGACUUUUCUUCGUGACAAUAUUGCUGGCCUUCUUCGGAUCGUCGAUAAACCAGGGACUGGCGCAGGAUGAAGACUGUGGAGUGUUGUCUUGUGGAGAAUGUGGAAAUACAACUCACUGCCAGUGGAUGAAGUGCCAAGAUACAGAGAAGUGUGUAAACGUCAGUGCUGAGAACCAAACUGCCAGCUGCGUUAAAGUGAACUGCACAGAUUCGACGCCAGCCCCGUCAGUGAGCCCUACUACCGCAAACACUACUAUCAAUGAUACCACAACAGCCACCACCACGACAGUUGCUCCGACUCAAAACGGCACCGCCACAAAUGCCACAUCUGUGUCUCCUGCUCCCACUCCUACUCCUUCUCCAUCAAAAUCAUCCACAUUCGAUGCUGCCAGUUUCAUCGGUGGAAUUGUGUUAGUGCUUGGCCUUCAAGCUGUCAUCUUUUUCCUUUACAAGUUCUGCAAAUCUAAGGAUCGCAACUACCACACCCUGUAACACGCUGCCACCUGGAGGCACCACAAAACCCACACUCUGACCCCCAAAAAAGAGAGACGUUGUGCUCACAGAUUCCUAAAUACUCUUGUAAUUAAUUCUUCAGUUUAACCUCAUAUUUGACUUUUAAUUCCUGUGAUUUGAGCUUUGUUUUGUUAAUCUUAGAGCUCUCACGAGCACUCAAGUUCAUUAACACAAAUACACCCAACACAAGAGUAAAUAUGCAUUAUGGGGUACGCGAAAUAUGUCCUGCUUUCGUGUACAACCACAGCUGUCUGAAAUGUUUCAUUAUAUGACAACACAGCGAUUUGUCUCCUCGGUAUCUUGGUGGUUCCCCUGAAAGGCAUAGAAGGGGGCAACUUCUCAUCACUCCUAUGACAAUACUAACAAACGUCCAGUGUUAAUUUCAGGUAACUUUACUAGAACAGUAUUUUAGACAGUUGCCAUGACUGAUGAUUCUCAAUAUUCCACCAAGCCCUUCAUAAUCAUCACCAUGUUCAAAAAUAUCUAUUGUUCAAGACCGAAUGAACAAUGUUUUUCCCCUUCAUUUCAAAUCUCUUUUGAAUUUUCAUCACAUAGUCCUUUGGGUUGUAUCCGUCUGUGUGUGAUUUUAAAACACCAUUUUUUUUUUUGGCCAUUUUUCUUAUUUACACCAAUCAAGAGAGCCAAAGUGUUGCAAUAAAUUACGUUCCCCAGAUUAAACAGUCACUAUGAACUAUCUACAGUUAGAGAACUAGUCUCAAAACUAGUUAAACCCCGCAUCUCGCUUCUUUUUCUCCUCCCCUAAGGGCACAGUGGAGUGCUGGGUAAUUUCAGAGAUGCAUUAUAUACCCAUACUUAGCAUUCUCUUUUUCUGGGGGGACUUACCAGCAUAUCGGCCAUAAGUUAUACUUUUGGGAGUUUAUGUGGGUUUGAAACGAUAGAAGCUCAGCCGAUCUAGUUCUACUAACAGUCGAAAUGAGUCUUCAUUAGAAUUAGUUGAUUCUGCCGGACAUGCGAAAAGAAUAAGGCACUAUGAGAGUGGAGGAUCCACGAUCCCGUUCAGAAUGAUUGACAGUUGAGUCAAAGUGCCUUUAGGUGGAGGCAGUGGCUUGCUGCCUUAAAAGUGAGCCUUAAUAGUGUGAAUGCGUUUGUGUUGGGCCUCUGUCGAGGCCAGGCUCUGUGUAAGAGUGUCUGCCUGUAUGUCAGUGUGUUUAUAGACACGCAUGCGUGCUUGUUUCGAUGAAGUAGAUCUAGCGUCUGCCAGCUGGACUGAUCGCUAUAUUAUACAGAGUAGAUCAUUAAAAGUUAAUUCAUUUGUUGGAUAUGUCAUGGUUCCUAAAAGCUUCUCUUUGUUCUGGAGGUUUUUUUUUUGUUACCUCAGAAAUGUUGGUUGGAUUCUAGCACUCCCUUUCAAAAACAGAUUGAUAUUUGUACAUAAUCGGAAUUCUGUGACCAUAAACUGAAUCAAUAAUAAUAUAUAUAUAUAUAUAUAUAUAUAUAUAUACUCAAAUGUCUUAAACUGAAGUGUACAUACUUCAUGAUGAUUAAAAACAGGCUUGUACGUAGAUACUGAUGUUUUUUUUAGGAGCCUUUGUGUUAAAUACCAUAAACAGAAUUGAAAUAUGCUCUAGAAAAGUGCUAUCAGAUGUUUUGCUUAUUGUCAUUUUGUUUUUCUGUUGCUACAAUUAUCUCAAGAUUUGGAAUAGAGUCUUAGAAUAGAGUUGUGUCGGUCUCAUCAUUUAAUGCUUGUUUUUUGGGUAGAUUUGAUUCCAAUGCACAAUUGACUUUCAAUACGCCUAAUUCCUGCCUUUGCUGAGCACAUUUUGUUUGGUACUAUGUUCAUAAAAUCAUUUGUCUGGAUAGUGUGUUGGCACGUUUAUAGGCCCGGGGGCCUGUAUUUUUAUUUUUUUUCCCCUUCAUUCCUGUGUUAUGAGAUAUGAAAUGUAAUAAUCUUGAUUAGCUUGCUGCUAAUAACUUCCUCUGCGAAACAGAAUGUCAUUGGCUUGGGAAGUGAUUUGGGUGGCAAAUUUUGUAAUGGCAGAAAUGAAAUGUUUUGUUUGGUGCGUGCUUUCGUUUUCAUCUGCUUUGUUGACCUCCUAAUGCGUUUCAUUCCCAGCAUUUCAUUCCUUCUAGGAAGAUGACUGUAAAGGCCUCACUUUCUUUGUUGAACCACUCUGAUUGCUUGUCUAUUGUCAUGUCAUGGUUCUUAAAUGCCAAAGUUGUCUAUUUUAGCACGAGUCACUGAAAAGCUGCUACAAUGCUUCAUGAGCUUCAUUGUGCCCAUAGUGUAGUCAUAGUGAGAUCCUAUUGUUUGCCAUUUCGCUUCAGCUUUGCCAAAUUAAAAACACUGUUUACUUUAGAGACGUUCAGACUGCGCAGUGUUUCGAUUAUGUAUUCUUUUUUAAUAAUGAACAUAAAACAUAAUUACACAACUCAUCACAGUAUUGUCUGUUUAGCAUCAGGCUACAUCCAAAGAUCCCACUUGGUUGCGAAUCGAUUUUCCGCUGUGCAUGCAAAGGGCUGUAAAGAACAUGCUACAUUUUUCGUAUUCAGAGCUUAGUGAAGGAUGCUGUGUCAGACGGUGAAUGGCUCAAAAUCCUCUCACACUCGGAGAAUUCAACCUAAUUUCAAGUAGUCUGUGGCCUUGAUUUCUUAUGCCUUUUGUUUGUGUGCAUGCGUGUAUCAGAUUUCCACAGAAACAGCCAUAACAAUGCCAUAUUCUGUCAUCGCUCUGAGCUAGUGUUGCAUUCCUUGCUGCACCUUUUGAAGAUGAAGUGCCUUAAUUAUUUAAGAUUAGACAAUGAAGAUUACUAUUGUCAUGAAGACUUGCACUCAAAUGGAUUUGAACGUUUUAGAGUGAAGUUGUGAGUGGAUGAUGAGUAUAGCAUUUUGCUUGUGCCACCCUUUUGUUAUCUUAAUUGCUAAGAUUUAACACUUAACGGAGUAAUUUCUUUUUUUUAAUGGCUGUAAUUACAUUUGGUCUGUUGUCCAGCAGUGCAUUUUUUUUUUUUUUAAUUGCUUCUCUUAAACAUGCACAUGCCCAACACACACUCUUGUCAAUAAGAAGACGCUCAACUGUUGCGUCUGUGUCCAGAAACUCUGCCUUAAUUGUUUUAUGCUCUAUCUUGGUUUUAUUUCUCUGGAACACUUUCUUUUGUUCUCGUUUUCUCAUUUCAGAUCUGCAUUCGCAAUUAGGUUGGAAAUGUGAUUAAUUAAAGUUUGAGUAUUGUAAAACA